CAGAAGCAGAACCGAGCUGUCAAGAAUAAUUUGGAUUCGUCGACUCGCGAGGAAUUGGCAAAGCGCGGAUCGUCGUCGUCGGCGACGACGACGAGUAAUUCCUCGAGAGGAGCAGCUUACAGAGGCAAACGGCACACUCGCGUGUCGGAAAAAUACUACGAUUGUCUUCAGUGCGCGGAGCAAUGUCGUCACACGAAUCUGGGCACUCAGAGCGCGGUGAAUCCGACGAAAAAGCUGAACAACCGUAACAACAACAACAAUUCUGGUGUUAACAACAACAGCAGCAGCAGCAGCAGCAACAACAGGAAAAACAAAGCAGAGUUCAACUCGGCGAGAAGAGGUAGCGACGAAAUAGUGGAAGAAGGUCAAUCCCGCGAGCUCGUGUCACCAACGAGGCCAACGAGUUCGAGUGUCAUGGUAAAAAACCUCGUGCAAAUGAAUAAAAAUCGAAGAAAAAUUACGCGAAUCAGCGGAUGCUUCGGAGUCGACGAAUACUGCAAGAGAAAGAAGGUUCGUUCGCUUGAGAAAAACACGAAAAAAUUAAUAUCGAGAGGGCUCCCCACUCCGGGAGAACUGACGCCCGCAAAAAAGAGGUCGUCCCUGGCGCGCCCGGUAAAGGUUCACGACUCUUUCGCACAAGCCAAAAGACCGAUGAGCAUGAUCGAGUGUCAUAGCGAAAGGAGCACCGCGCGCGUCCUCCAACGACAAUCCAACAGCCAGGACUCCGGAACCACCGGAUGCGAGGAGCCCCUCGAAGACCGCGAAGACGAUGAGAACUCGUGGCCUAUCAAAUUACGUCUCGAAGAAAUGCUCGAACUCACCCUCUCACGGGGCAAAAGAACGCGGAGGAUUCGCACGAGCAAACGUAAGAAAAUGAUACUUACGAGCAAAUACGGCCAUUUCAAGGACACCGAGAGGCUGCUCAAGGUACUUAGCGUUAACAAUGUGGACCAAGAUAAUAGGUACAACGUCAAACGGUGUUCCGUCAUGUAGUAUAUAUUUAUUAUGAACUUAAUAUAUACUCGUUACUAUACAAACGUUAUUUGUAUACACGGACCAUUGUUUAUCAGCGCAGUCACUUUUCUAGUGCACUCUUUUCACCACUUUUUCUUCUCUUCUGUGUAAUAAUAUAUUUCGUUCGAUGGUUUUUACCGGAAGCUGUACUGCGGGCUAGUCGAGUGAGUGCUUCACUUUCAAAACGCUUUUAUACCGAGUUUAAGGUAACUCCUGUACUGCAUGCUAGUCAAACGAGUGCUAAAUUUUCAAAA